AUGAAGCAGAAGAAGAUGAUGAAGAAGAAGGUGGUCUCGGAACCGAUCCCAUCUGAUAUCCUUAUAGAUAUAUUCUCGAGAGUCCCUGCAAAUUCAAUAGCUAGGUUUCGUUGUGUAUCUAAACUCUGGGCAUCCAUACCUAGCCUUCCUGGUUUCACUGAGCUGUUCCUCACUAAGUCUCUAGCUCGUCCACGUCUCUUGUUCGCCAUCGAAGUUGGUAAAGAGUUGUUCUUAUUUUCUUCACUUCAACCUCAAAAUCCAGCUGAGAACUCUUCUCUUGUAGCCACUCGUUAUAAGUGUUUUCCCAAUUAUUUUCCAUCUAACAUUAGACCACCGCUUAGUGGAUUGGUCUUUCUUCAUGAUUGGAGAAGAAACUUGCGAGUGAUCUAUAACCCCGUCACAGGAGAGUCCAUAACCUUACCGGAAGUGAAAGCUAACGGUGCUAAAAGAAGCUUUUUCGGGUAUGAUCCGAUCAGCAAACGUUUUAAAGUGUUGUGUAUGACAUGGUCACGUUAUGAACCUAAUACUCAUCAGGUUUUAACAUUGGGGAGUGCUGAAAAACAUUUGUGGAGAUCAAUCGAAUGCAAUCUCCAACAUUCUAUGGAGGAUACUGGAAUACGCUUUAACCGUGAAAUAUGGAUAAAUGGAGUUUUGUAUUACGGAGCUCGCUCUGAAAGAUAUAAUAUGGUAAAUGGAGGUUUGUAUUACCGAGCUCGCUCUGAAAAAUGUAAUAUGAUAGUUUGGUUUGACUUGAGUUGUGAGAAGUUCGGCUUUAUUAAGAUACAUGAAGAGAUGCUACAAGGGACUUUGAUCAACUACAAAGGUAAAUUAGGAGCAUUGGUAAAAUAUCGGUCUGACGUUGUGUUGUGGGUUCUUGAAGAAGAUGCUGGAAAACAUAAAUGGUCCAAAAGUAUAAGCGUAGGGUUAAGCUCAUGCGACGAGAUCGGGAACAAUUUUCACAUUGUUGGAAUGACUGGUGCUGGUGAAAUUGUGUUUUCGCCGUACGUUAAGUCACACCCUUUCUACAUUGUCUACUACAAUAUCGAGAGGAAGACAUUUACAAGAGUUAAUGUUCAUAUUCAGGGAUUUGAAGAGUUUAAGGAUCCAAACAUCACUCCUCGCAUCUUUCUAGACUAUGUAGAGAAUAUGAAGCUUUUGUAA